UCGUUGAAUCACAGAAAAUGAUUCGUUCAUUGAUGAACGACUUCGUAAUCGUGGUUCGUGGCGUGGCGGCGAAGAAUUCAUUGACGGUGCAUGUGCUGAGGCUGAGUCCUUAAAUUUCUCGUUGGGAAAUCCUUACACACGAGAUGGGUAGGGAGGACAAAGCCACUUGGAAGUCUAACUACUUCAGCAAAUUAAUUCAAUUGUUGGAUGAUUAUCCAAAAUGCUUCAUCGUCGGCGCGGAUAAUGUCGGUUCGAAGCAAAUGCAGCAAAUUCGAAUGAGUUUACGAGGGGCCGCCGUCGUUCUUAUGGGCAAAAACACCAUGAUGCGGAAGGCUAUUCGUGGCCAUUUGGAACGUAAUCCUGCAUUAGAGAAGUUGUUACCGCAUAUAAGAGGCAAUGUUGGUUUUGUUUUCACUCGUGGGGAUUUGGUUGAAAUCAGAGAUAAGUUGCUUGAAAACAAAGUCCGUGCUCCUGCUCGUAAUGGUGCAAUUGCUCCCUGCAAUGUAAUCAUUCCAGCUCAGAAUACAGGACUUGGUCCAGAGAAAACCUCAUUCUUUCAAGCACUUUCCAUCCCCACUAAAAUUUCCAAAGGAACAAUUGAAAUUAUUAAUGAUGUCCAUAUUUUGAAAGAAGGAGACAAAGUUGGUGCUAGCGAUGCCACUCUUCUGAAUAUGUUGAAUAUAUCCCCAUUUUCAUAUGGAUUACUUGUGGAGAUGGUGUACGACUCUGGAACAAUUUUUGAACCUGCGAUUCUGGAUAUAAAACCUGAAGACUUGAGGGUCAAGUUUAUGGAGGGAGUAAGCCGUUUGGCAGCUCUGUGUUUAUCCAUAAGUUAUCCAACCAUUGCUUCAGCUCCUCACAGCAUAAUUAAUGGCUUCAAAAACCUUUUGGCAAUUGCUGCCGCAACUGAAGUGGAAUUCAAGGAAGCUGAAACAGUGAAGGAAUUCUUAAAGGACCCCUCCAAAUUUGCUGCAGCUGCUGCUGCAACCACAGCUGCUCCUGCAGCUGCUGCUGCUCCUGCAGCUGAAGCAAAGAAAGAAGAAAAGAAGGAAGAGACUGAAAGUGAAGAUGACGACAUGGGUUUUGGUCUCUUUGAUUAAGUUCAUUUGAUUUUGCUGCUUGAACCUGACCUAAAUAAAGAAAGAUAAACAUAUUUUUUGAUUAACUGUUUACUGAUUUUUCUUUCAGUUGCUUUCUUUCAUUCAUCUGGCUAGAGGGCCUGAAAUUUAAUAAUAGUAAAUUACUAUAAAAAGAUCAUAAAUGCUAUCGUUAAUCUCAAUCCAACAGUCCCUUGACCACCACAUAUCAACAUUUGAGGAAACUAUUUAGGGCUCCCACAGGUGUGAAAUAUCCACACCCUAUGUGAAAAUGUUGGCAUUAUGUGGUGGCUUAUGGGCAUGCUCGGACCUGCAUGGCAGAUGAAAUUCACAGCAGCUGAAUUGCAGCUAAUUCACACUGGAUUUUGUUCCAUGGUAGGACAUGGUUUUUGUUGCCACUAGAAUUUUGUGUUGGAAACCAAAAUAGUCCUGUCAGAUGUCGAAUAUUUUCAGCUCGACAAUGAAUCUGAUAGAACUGAACAUACAGAACUAAGUUGUGCCACAGAGGCAAAGACUUCCUUGCACUCGAAACUAAGCUAGAUUCUAGGUAUUGCAGAAGUGUAUGGUGGAAAUUGAAAUGACUAUAUCAGCCAUACCUGCAAAUUUUUUCGUGAUAGUGAAAAUUCAGGUGUCAGAAUUGCAGGCUAAACUAGAAAAGGGUGUUUAUAAUUUUUCUACAAAUAAAGGAUGUGGAUAAAUUAUUAAGAGAUUGGCAUACCCAGUGCGGUCAAUCAUGUAGGUGUAUUGAUUAAAAUUUCUUCUUAUAAAGAAGUUUGAAUAAAACCUACUAUCAGACUAUAGGACACAGACUAUUAUACUUGGUGGGAAUUUGUUAGUUUUUGGAGACGAAGGCUUUAGGAAGAACUUUUAGGUUAUUUUAAUUAUUUUUAAAGACUUGACCAUAUUUAUUGAUAAUUAAAAAAAAAAAAUCUGAAUAAAAUUUUUAUUGAAGAUGAAAUGUUUGAAACCAUCUCUUCCCUUGUGAUAAGUAUGUUACAUUUUAUGGAUUUGAUAAAUGUUUUGCCAUGACUACUUUCGAAUUUACAAUGGAAUAUACACUUAUCAUCAAAUUCUGUCAUAGUUUUUGCUGUUGAACUAUUUCUGCAAUUGGCCUAAUAAUUUGCUGCUCUCUUAAGACAUCUUGUUUUUGGGAGGGCUUCUUACGGAGAUGCCGGAAGAGAACGCUCAGGGCACUGAUGUCAUUCCAGUCCCUGUGACCGGGAGAUCCUGGGUUCAAGUCCCUAUAGUGGCAGGAUUUUCCACUCUUGUCAGCUUGGUGAAAUUCAGUCACUGGAGGAGAAUUCUAGCAACAUGCUGCUCUAAUAGGUAGUUUUGUGUUUUUUCCGAUCAAUACAAAGUGAAUACCAUGUCUUAUCCUCACCCACCUACAGACACCUGCUUACAUGCAUUACUCUACCACAUGCCAGGAGCUUAGAGCUUGAACUGCUGGAGGGAGAUACCUUGUGGCAAACUUAUUCCUAAAUGGCAAUUUUCAUUGAAGUAUUUGGAGCAGAUUUU